AUGUAUCACAUGCUCCGGAGGGGGCACCUCCACCGGCUGAAAUCGCCGUCCCCAUUCUCCAAGACCCCAAGUCCCCACCUAGCCGACUCCGCGCUCUGACACACUGCUUUCUCCUCCAAUUCAUGGCCUCCGCCUCCGCCUCCGCCUCGCCCUCCGUCCCCGCCCGCUCUCCCACCGCGUAGCAUUCUAGGGUUUCGGAUUCCGGGAUCCAGGCGCCGCCGCGCCGCCCGCAAUGCCUGACUCGCCGGAGCAAGUCGUGAGGGAGGUCGGGAAGCGCCUCGCGCAGCCGCGCCUCGGCAAGGACGCUCUCGUCAAGCUGCUCAAGCAAGCUGAAAAUGCAUUAUCAGAGCUUAGUCAAUCAUCCUCUCUGCAGGAUGCUCUUCAUGCUUUGAGUAAAUCUCUAGUCCAGACCACUUUACUCAACCAUAAGGACAAGGAUGUCAAACUUCUUGUUGCGGUUUGCUUUGUUGAGGUUAUGCGGAUCCUCGCACCUGAUCCACCUUUUAGCGAUGAAAUACUUAAGGAAAUAUUUAGUCUAUUUAUAAGCAUAUUUGCAGACCUUACUGAAACUAGCAGUCCAUAUCUUACUAGAAGGAUGAAGAUAUUGGAAAAUGUUGCUGCGCUUCGAUGUUCUAUGAUAAUGCUUAACAUUGGCUGUGAGGACUUGAUUCUUGAUAUGGUCAAAAUUUUCUUCACAUCGGUGAGGCAAGGUCUUCAGCAGAGUGUGUGCCAAGCCAUGCUAUCAAUAAUGAUGCAAAUAUUGAAUGAAAAAGUUACCCAACCUCUUGUGGAUGUGAUUUUACGCAAUUUAGUAAAAGAUGACAAGGGAGCAUCCCACAAACUUGCUUUUGACAUCAUCCAUAAUUGUGCUGAGAAAUUGGAGCCUAUCAUUCGCAGUUUUUUGUCCUCAUGCAUUUCUAACAAGGAUAUUCCAGUUAAUGACCUCAGGAAAUUACAUCACAGAGUUAUUCUGGAAAUAUUCCAGUGUGCACCCCAGAUCCUUUUUGCUGUCAUUCCAAACUUGACACAUGAACUUCUCAGUGAGCAAGUUGAUAUACGACUGGAGGCAGUUCACCUGAUUGGGAGGCUUCUUGCCUUAUCUAAUCUUCAUUUUGGUCAAGAAAACAAGUUAGUUUUUAUAGAAUUCCUGAGGAGAUUCUCCGAUAAGUCUGCAGAAGUUAGAAUUGCUGCAAUUGAUGCAGCAAAAGCCUGCUACAUGGCUAAAUCAUCUGGGGAUGAAGCGCGAGAUAUACUUACAUCACUUCAAGGAAGGUUACUAGAUUUUGAUGAAAAAGUGAGGAUCCGAGCUGUUAACACUGUCUGUGAUUUAGCCAAAUCAAAUCUUAGUUCGUUUCCUCAUGAAGUGAUAUUGCUUGCAGCUGAGAGGCUGCGUGACAAAAAGGCAUCUGUUAGAAAAAAUGUGAUGCAUAAGUUGCUGGAGCUAUAUCGAGAUUACUGUGGGAAAUGCUCAAAAGGAACUGCUGCAGUCAACCCUCAUUAUGAACAAAUCCCAGCUAAACUUAUAGUUUGUUUCCAUAAUGAUAUUGAAUCCUUCAGGCCACAGAAUAUGGAACUAAUAUUUACUGAAGAACUCUUCCCAUCAUCACUUCCUCCAAAAGAAAGAGCAACCCAUUGGAUUGAGUUCUUUUCUUAUUUCAAACCGGAACAUAUUAAGGCUUUGAACAUCAUCUUUUCUCAGAAGAGAAGGUUGCAAUUGGAGAUGCAAGCGUAUUUAUCGCUCCGAGAAAAGAAGGAGGAACCUUCAGAUGAAAUACAGAAGAAAAUCUGCGCAUCAUUCAGAAAGAUGGCAACAUCCUUUGCAGAUACCUCUAAAGCUGAAGAAUGCUUUAAACAUUUGCACCAGAUGAGAGAUAAUAACAUAUUUAAGGAUUUGGUUGGAUUAAUUGAUGAGGGAACUACUUUUGCAACAGGCUGUUUGAUCAGAGAUUCGUUUCUCAAGAGGAUUGGACACAAACACCCAAUGCACAGCUUUUUCAAAAUUCUGUCUAUAAAAUGUUCGUAUUCAAUAUUUAAUCGGGAGAUGAUCUGUGAUAUCUUUGAAUCUCUUUUAUCCUGCGGAAAUGAACUAACUGAUUAUGUGGAAUCUGCUUGUGAUCUUUUACUGGUAGUUGCAUUGAUGUUUCCAUCAUUAUUCCGAGGGUCAGAGGAGUACUUGCUUAAGUUAUUCUCAGAAGAGUCAGUCCUGAUAAAUGAGAAGACUCUCCGGAUCUUGGCACAUUUGGCAAAAUCCACACACCUUUUAUCUAUUAAUUUCAGCAAUGUCGUCUACCCAUUAUUGGAGCAAAAGUGUAUUGAAGGAAUUCGUGCUGAAUCAAAAUAUGCUAUCACUGCAAUCGCUUCAUUGCACUCCCCAGAUGAUCAGAAAUUUGCUAAAUUAUGCAAGAAAGUUGUUUCUGGUCUAAAUGAUAAUCGCAAUGUGCCAACACUAUUACAGUCUUUGGGCUCAAUAUUGGAGCAUUCCCCUUCUGUCUAUGAGUUAUAUGGCAGGCAGAUCGUCAAAUCCAUUCAAGAUAUUUUGUUGUCAACUGAAUUCAUUUCAACAUCUGGACAGUCAUCCCUUGAUGGCAAUUCUACAUGCUGCUGCUCAUGCAAACUGAAGGUUUAUUGUCUCAAAGCACUUGUCAAAGGUUUUUUACCAAGAAUAGCUCAUGCUCGAAUUAACAGUAUUCUGGGGAAGUUGUUGGAAUAUGAGAAGGGUCUUUUCCCAGACAUUGCUCUAUGUGAAAACGAUAGUCCGUAUCUGCAGCUGGCCGCUGGGAAAUGUGUACUGAAAUUAGCUGCAAGAUGGGAUUCACAUAUUUCACCAGAAUUAUUUCGUAACACAAUUCUCAUGGCAAGGGAUCCUUCAUAUAUUGUCCGUAAGUCAUUUAUUUGCAAACUUUAUGGCCUCUUGAAGAAACGUGCAAUCCCAGUUAGAUAUGCAUGUGCUUUUGCACUAGCGUCAACAGAUUGCUCUGGAGAUGUCCGUGAUGAAUCAGCAAGUUACUUAAGUGAAGUGCUAAAGGAGCAAAGAAGGUUUUUUGUUCAACAGAACAGAGCAAGCAAAGAUUCAAUUGUAGACAACCCAGCAUAUUCUGUGGUUUUCUUGAUCCAUACUCUAGCAUAUGAUGGGGGCCUCCCUUCCAAUUAUUAUGAAGAUGAGACUAGCUUUCCUGAAUUUUGCAGCCCGCUUUGUGUGAUGUUGAGGGAACUAGUUGAAAUAGACAGUUUCAACAGAACUGAGCAUGGUCCCACGAUCAGUUCUGUAUCAGUUCUGUCAGGGAUCUUCCGUGCUAUUCAGAAGGCUGAGGAUCCAGCUGAUUCUGAGAUCACUCCAAAAUUGCACAUUCUCUCGAAAAUUGGCUUGCUUAUUGUAAAAGAACUUGAUAAGCAUUGCAAGAUGUCUGAUUCUCCACGCCAUAUUCUCUUGCCCUCAUCUUACUAUAAAUUAUCUGGGAGUGAAAGAAAAGCAGAUGAAUGCUGCCAAGAAAAUUUCAUUAGUGAUAAGGUUGUAAAGAGAAUUCUCAAAGUUCAUGAACCUUAUAAACAUAAGGACAAUGUCAAAUGCUCUUUUGUUUCUGAGAGGGUAUCAAAUGAAUCUGCGCCUGAAAGGGAAGCUUGUUCCUCGCUAAGCAAAUUAGUGGGACAGAAUGCAAGCGUUUGUGAUAAAGGGAAAGGGAACAAAAGUUUGGCAUCUGGGAAAGCUGUGUCCAAGAAAAAGGAUCAGAAUACUAAUAAUAGCUUGGAGAAAGAAAAUGUGUCAUCUUGUGGUUCUGCUGGCACAAAGUUGUCAUCUCCAGGCUCCUGGGGUUUAUCUAAGGAAGCUGAUUCUAGAGAUUGUGUCUCCCUCUUGGAUAAGCAGAAUCGUCCUAUGAAUAGGUGCUCCACCAGGAAUACUAGAGCUUCAGAGGCAGAUCAUAACUCUUGUAGGCAAACUGUGGACAUUUCCAACUUUCGCCUCAGAGAAUGUUCCUUUAAGAGAGAUCAUGGCAAGGGUUUAUCUGAAUCCCAGAAGCAUGAAGCUUUGCUUUCUGGCUCUUUGGUUUUAUGCAAUGACCUUGAAGACGUUGGUGAUUGUGAUGACAAUUUUGUGAAACUGCCUUUAUCAAACAAAAGAGCCGGCCUUAAGAAAAAGGGCAAGAGAGCAUUACAGUUGGUGAAUUCGCAGAGUUCUGAUGUAACUGGUGUUGACACAAGAGAUAAUGUUCGAUGCACUAGAGCAAGGAAGGUGCAAGUGUAAACAGCUAGUCGCAUCUGAUCGUAGUAUUCAUCUGAUUGUCGGCCAAUGUAAAUACUUAGUUUUAGAAUCAUUUCUAACCUGUGCGCAUCCGUUUGCAAGUAUUUUGGACCAAAGGCCUUGGCCCCGCUUUAUAAGUUUAUAUUGAAAGCAUAAGUACGCUGGGGUUACCGGCUAUCUACAAAAUUAGCGAAGUAGAGACCCCAUCGACUUGCAAAUAUUGCCGUGAUGGUACGAAAAUCUUGUUCUCGAACUCCCGCUCGGCCAUGUAACAAUGUAAUUUAAAUAGAGACGGACAUGUGAGUUCGUGUGUGAUAUCUUAUCUAAUUUUAUCCUUGA